UCAUCUCUUCAUCUCCAGCCAACCACACACAGUCAGACAGACAGCAAAGCUAAAGAGGAGCUAGCCGCAAGCAAUUUAUUUCACUCAACUAGCAUAACUAUCUUGGGAGAUUAUAUUCAUACUGGAUUUAAUAAGGUCUAAUAAUAACAAAGUGCAUUUUAACAUCAACGUCGCACGUUUUUGUAUCUUUCUUCGUAUGACUACCUAACAGUUAGCUUAGCUUGCUAGCAAGCUGCAAGUGUGGUAACGUUAGUUUGAGAAGAAGCUAGCUAGCGGUUUACACAGGUGCUAGCUAGCUAACAAGCUGCCAGAAUGAAUGUCGCAAAAAGUGGUUAUCGGGUAUUCUCUGCCAAUUCUACUGCAGCAUGUACAGAACUAGCCAAGAAGAUAACUGAACGACUAGGAGUUGAAUUGGGCAAGUCGGUGGUCUAUCAAGAGUCCAAUAGAGAGACCAGAGUAGACGUGAAGGAAUCUGUUCGUGGCCAAACUAUCUUCAUCAUCCAGACCAUACCCAGAGAUGUCAACACGGCCAUCAUGGAGCUGCUGGUCAUGGCCUACGCCCUUAAGACCUCCUGUGCAAAGAACAUAAUUGGGGUCAUUCCCUAUUUCCCCUACAGCAAGCAGUGCAAGAUGAGAAAAAGGGGUUCCAUAGUGUGCAAGCUGCUGGCUUCCAUGCUAGCCAAAGCAGGUUUAACUCACAUCAUCACCAUGGACUUACAUCAGAAGGAGAUCCAGGGCUUCUUCAGUUUUCCAGUGGACAACCUGCGUGCCUCCCCCUUCCUGCUUCAGUACAUCCAGGAGGAGGUCCCAGAUUACAGAAACGCCAUUAUUGUUGCAAAGUCACCGUCUGCUGCUAAGAGAGCUCAGUCCUAUGCMGAGCGACUGCGUUUGGGCCUGGCAGUGAUGCAUGGCGAGGCUCAGUGUUCAGAGUCUGACAUGGCGGACGGACGACACUCUCCCCCCUGUGUCCGUAACACCUCAGGACACCCUGGGCUGGAGCUGCCUUCUGGCAGCAAACAACAAGCUCCRUUCCCAGGCAUAGAGCUCCCAAUAAUGAUGGCCAAGGAGAAGCCCCCUAUCACUGUUGUAGGAGAUGUGGGAGGAAGAAUCGCCAUCAUUGUUGAUGACAUCAUAGACGACGUGGAGGACUUUGUGGCGGCAGCUGAGAUUCUGAAGGAGAGAGGAGCUUAUAAGAUCUACAUCAUGGCUACACAUGGGCUGCUGUCUGCCGAUGCCCCCCGUCUUAUUGAGGAGUCCGCCAUCGACGAAGUGAGAUACAGAUGUGGUGGUGACUAACACCGUCCCUCACGAGGUACAGAAGCUCCAGUGUCCCAAGAUCAAGACAGUGGACGUCAGUAUGAUCCUGGCCGAGGCCAUCCG